AUGUACAUUCAAAACCUCCUAAUCGCCUCCUUGGCAUUAACCUCUCACGCUGUUGUUGCAAGACCUCAACCAAACAUACAAGAGAGACAACAAGAACAAACAGGUCUCUGGAAAUCCCUCCAAUCCCGCAAUCGCCAAUUCCUAGGCGUAGCAGUAACCCUCCGCAACCCCCCCGACACAUCCGAAACAGCAAUCAUAAGCAACCCCCUAGACUUCAACAGUCUCACGCCCGAGAAUGCGCAAAAAUGGGAAGAAAUCGAACCCUCACGCAAUAAUUUCACUUUUGAAGCCGCGGAUCAACAUGUAGAAUUUGCGGCUUCUAGAAAUUAUUUCGUGCAUUGUCAUACGCUGGUUUGGCAUUCGCAACUUCCGAGUUGGGWUGAGGAGGGGGGAUUUGAUAAUGAGACGUUGAUUGAGGUUAUGAGGAAUCAUAUUGAGCAGGUUGCGGGGAGGUAUAAGGGACGGUGUAAGCAGUGGGAUGUUGUUAAUGAAGCUCUAAACGAAGAUGGAACCUACCGCUCCUCAGUCUUCUACAACACAAUAGGAGAAGCCUUCAUCCCCCUCGCAUUCGCAAUGACCAAAGCAGUCGACCCAAACGCCGCACUCUUCUACAACGACUAUAACCUCGAAUACGGCAGUGCCAAAUACGAAGGUGCACUACGAAUUGUGGAAUUAAUUCAAUCCUACGGAAUACAAAUCGAUGGGGUGGGUCUACAAGCUCAUCUCACCAGUGAAGGCACCGAGUCCUCGGGCGGUGGAGUAAUUCCUUCGCAAGAGACGCUGGAGGGGGUUUUGACGGGUUUCACGGAUUUGUGUGUGGAUGUUAUUUAUACGGAAAUUGAUGUGAGGUUUACGUUGCCGAGUACGGAGACCAAGGUGCAGGAGCAAAAGGAUGCAUUUCGGAGGAUUGCGGCUAGUUGUAUUGCUGUGGAGAAAUGUAUUGGGAUGACUCUUUGGGGCGCAAGUGAUAAGUAUUCUUGGAUCCCUGGCGUCUUUCCCGGCGAGGGGGAUGCUUUGCUUUGGGGUGAGAAUUAUGAGCGGAAGGCUGCUUAUGAUGGGUUUUUGGAGGGUAUUCAGGGAUAA